CCAGACUGCGGCGAUUGGCAGCUGGUUAGAGCAAGGACGGAGGUGUUGACGCUAGAAGUUUCCAGAGAUUCUUUGCAGACAAUAACCAUCCGAUUUGUAAUCUAAAACCUCGGGAAAACGAAGCUGGACGCGUUUACAUUCGCAUAAAUUACCCUUUAGCAGCUGUUGAAUACUGCAACCAUGCCAGAAGUCUUUGCACCCACAGACAUGGGCAGCUCCCCUCCGUCCCCAGUGGACAGCAGUCCGAGGAGACUCUCCUGGGGCAAGCUGGUCCACAGGUUAACAGAUUUCAACGCAAACAGCAGCAGUAUCACGUCAGGGUCCAACAAUGGCAGCAGAAGUGACCUCUCAGAAUCUGGCUCUGAUACCUCCAGUGACCUGUGUCCGUACAACGACGACCUGUUCUUUGACCCACUGGAGGAAACCAUCCUGAAGGAAGUGGUGGACCUCAUUGCAUCGAGCCUCAGAGAAGCCAAAGACUCGGAUUGUGCUCUGAGGUGCACCAAACUGCUCAUCCCUGAGAAGCUGCUGGAGCACAUCGGACAGGAGCUCCUCCAUCUGGCUGCCAGCGAGCCCUGCGGAUUGAGAGGGGCUCUCAUUGACCUUUGUGUGGAGCAAGGGGACGUUUGUGAGAGCAUGGCGCAGCUUUCGGUAGACCCCUGCCUCGUCCCCACUUUUCAGCUGACUUUGGUGUUGAGGCUGGAGUCGGGUGGCCUGUGGCCAAAAAUCCAAGGACUUUUUAGCUCCAGAUCUACUUCCACUCCAGCAGUCCGGCAAGCACUCAAACUUGGUACUGGUUUCCGCGUGAUCAAAAAGAAACUGUACUGUUCUGAAGACCUGCUCAUUGAGGAAUGCUAAGAAAUGACAGACUCAUUAAAAAAAUAAUAAUACGAGCUUACAAUGAAAGCUCAAAGAAGGGCCUUUUUAAGAUUAUGCCUCCAGAAGUAUAAAGACGCACUUUGUUCUGAUGUAGCCUUUUGUUCCUGCUGUAAAGUAGCUGAAGUUUCUGGUACUUGGAUGUCUUCGUGCAGCACUUGCUCAAAACUGUAACCAUAAAAUAGAUUUGGGACAUCAGCAUUUGAACUAUAUAAAUGCAUCUACGUUUCUACUGAAACAAAGAAAAGGCAGCUAGCUGUAUUGUGUUAAGCAUUGAAGACGAAUUGUACCGCAACUCAUGAAAUGUACAUAUUUCCGAAGUUUGAGAAGAUUUGAGCUAAAGCUUGCAAACGUGUAAGCCUCCACUUGGAUAUCGUCAGUUUUUUGUUUUUCUUUUUUAUCUUUGGACCUAUCCUUCUUUGAAUUUUAUUUGAUAUAUAAACAUUCAUACCAUUUCACUGUUUUGUAUGUUCAUUAUUGCAAAUAAAUUAUUUUGGUUUUUUUUAAA